CAAAUUUCCUCUAAUAUUGAUCGUGUAGGUGUGCGUGGGUUUAUAAUUUUAUUGAAUGUAAUUACAUUAAAGACUGUUACGUAACAUGAUAGGAAAGUACAAGGUUAUUUCCUAUAUUAUUUUGCAGUUAAUUGUUCGUCAACUUGCAUUGAUGCAAGUAGCUGUUUCCGACUAUUUCAGGGAUGAUGAGCCAGACAUUUAAAUAUAGAUUAAUCUAGCGUGAGAUUUACUGAUACAAUAUUUAAGCGUCGGUUUUUCAUAUAUACAAAACGUAACAUAGCGUAUUCAUAAAAAGGAAAAGGAUAUUAUAAGAUUUUUUCUGGAAUAAACUAGGACAGGACCGAUUUCCUUGAUACAUCAAUAUACUGAUUGGUCAAAUUGUAUCAAAUGGCUAACAUAAGAAGGGAUCGCCAGUGCAUUGUGGAAGUAUUUCAGCAUCACACCCGGAGGGACUUUGAUAUUAGCAGCUUCAUUGAAAAACUGAAAAAACUAAAUUUAAUAGAUCAACGGCAAUGCAAUAAUUUGCAUAGCACACUAGACGAUUCUGGAUAUGUUCAAAUCGCUGAGCUUCUACGUAAUUUGUUGCCCCUUUUGUCGUAUGACAACGUUUGUUUUCUAUUUGAAGAAGAGGGGUAUACUGAUAUCGCUUCUGAUCUAAGAACAAAAAGGUAUACAAUUCGUUACAGGAGACUCCCACAAAUAGAAAUGCCUCAUUCUAAACGGACACAUGAUUACUACCAACAUAUUAAAAGCUGCAUAGAUAAUAAUUUGUUUUGGGGUGAUAAAAGAGUAAUAUUAAUGCAAUUCAUAUACAAACAAGAUGAAAAAAUCAUGAUGAGUAGUGAUGAAAUAUCGGUCCAUGAUCGACAGUUUGCCAUGGAGCGAAAAGCAGCAGCUACAGUUUUACUAAUUCAGCAAUACAAGGACGUUGAAGAACGCAAACGAAUAUUGCAUCAAGCAAUAGGUACAGAAACGAACGGGGUUGAUAAUACAUCAUUGCAAAUUGUUUUCCAUUCAAAAAUGGCAAUAACAGAAGUUGAAGCAGGUAAUAUUCGGAAAGCUGAAGAGCAUAUCGUUAAAACAAAAGAGUUCUGUUUAAUGUAUAUGCCUUGUUUUGCGGUAACAUCCGCGUUCCAUGACAUUGAGUAUACAUAUAAAUGUCUUUACUUUAAAAACCCAUCAGACGAAAUGUUGGAAAAGAUUCUCGUUGAAGGAGAUAUAGCUAUUCAGAGUUUGAAUGAAGAAAGUGAGGACGUUCAAAACCUCUGGAGAAGAAUAAUGCUAUUGUUUAUGGCAUUAUCAUUGUUAUUCAUAACAGCAGAUUUCGUGGUUUGCGACAUAACGAAGAUCAAAACAAUUCAUAAGAAACGCGCAAAGAAAAUUUUGAAAGAGAUUAAACGCUGCAGUCAUGAAAUCCAAAUUCGGCGGCAAAUGAUAUUAAAUCUGUGUUUAGCCGUACUCGAGGAAGAAAAUAAUAUUAAAGCCGCCGAAAUGUAUGCGAAACAUGCAGUAAACAACGCAGAAAACGGUGGUUGUUUCCGUGAUAUAGAAAACCAAAAUGUUAAGGCAUACUUGAAAAGUAUUCAAAGAAAAAUGAUUGCACAAAAAAUAAGAAAAUGUUUUAUGCUUGUUUCUAUUAUAAUUGGAAUAUGCUUUGGAAUUCACUGUUUCAUGGUUUAUUUCACAACUGAUGAUAAAUGUAUCGUUUUCCUAAUAUAUUGUUCUACAACGACUAUUUGUGUGAUUCUUGGUAACUAUUUUAGUCAGGUUUUUCCAUUUUCUUUCAUGUCACGAGAUUAAAAACUUAAGACAUUAUGCAUUUUAGAUGACUUUAGAUAAUUGUAUGUUUUUAAUGCAUUAUAAUUGACAUAUAGAUUUAUCUCAUUGUAACAAUUUAAAACCAAUGUAAUAUAUAUCAAAUUUUUAUUGCAUUGUAGAAGAAUAAUGCAAGGUUCAAGGUCAAAUGCGCAAGAGUAUAAAUACGAAGGUCGAUAGGUCUGAUUAAUAAUAAUUAUUAAAAUGCAUUUAAAUAAUAAACAAUGCAUUAUUGCAAGAAAUUUAAGCUUUUUCCGUUCUAGCAUGCUUAUAAAAAGAAACAAUUCAUAAGAAACGCGCAAAGAAAAUCUUGAAAGAGAUCAAACGCUGCAGUCGUGAAAUCCAGAUUCGGCGGCAAAUGAUAUUAAAUCUGUGUUUAGCCGUGCUUGAAGAAGAAAAUGAUAUUAAAAUCGCCGAAAUGUAUGCGAAACAUGCAGUAAACAACGCAGACAAUGGUGGUUGUUUUCGUGAUAUAGAAAAACAAAAUGUUAAAGCAUAUUUGAGAAGUAUUCAAAGAAAAAUAAUUGCACAAAUAUAAGAAAAUGUUUUAUGCUUGCUUUAAUUGUAAUUAGAAUUCACACAGGCGCGGAGCUAUUUGUGUUUUCUAUUUUUUUUGUCCAUGGACCCGAUUUUUAUCAAUUAAUCCCUUCGAUUUACAGCUAAAAAUAAAUUCGGACGCACGAUUUCCUUUCGAUUUUUUUAUGUAAACUCAUAUAUUGGUCUCCCCUUCGGUGAUAAUGAAUGAGAACGGGAACAAAGCUAUAAAUAGAUAUGACCUUAACAUUGAGAAAGUCCGAAAAUCUAUUUAUAGACGUAGUUUAAUUAACCGCUAAGGUAAUUGAACGAACUGAAGAGUUUUGCAGAAUGAAAUGAAAACAUAUUCACCCUUAUAACUUAUCGAAAAAAAUAAAUAAAUUAAUAGCUCCCCUGAUUAUUUAAAUCAACCCUGGUGUCCCGAAUUUUUGCUAUAGAAGUUGAUUCCAUUUUGUUUGAGUGGAAUGUUGAUUGGCCGAAUACUGCCACAUGUAUUUUAACGUCGAGGUGUUAUGGGUUUAUUGAUAGGAAUGUAAACACACUGGUGGGUCAGACGAGGAUUUUGAAACAAUACAACAAAAUAGUAGUCCCAAUAAAUCAAGUUACGAUAGCUCUUUAUUUAUAACCUAUGUCAAGUAGCUUUUAUAUCUUUGACUCCAUGAACAUCACACCGUACAAUCAAAUGGGCAGAGCGCAGUUCAAGCGUCGACAGUUGUACCGGUAUAUACAUGUCGGCGACACUUCAACUGCUGUCUGCUUAAUUGAUUGUACGGUGUGAACAUAAUGUUAGUGAACUUCCUCAUACCCUAUGAUACCUGUCUAAAAACAGGUAACAGCCUUCCAUUGAUAAAUAGUGUUUCAAUAUAUCAACAUGCCAUGCAAAUUUAUUCAUGAUUUUAAAUGUACCAUUAUUUUUGUCAACGCGUAUAACAAAAAUAUCCUGAAUUUGGUCUUUUAGAAAUUCAUCCUUCCAGUGUGUGAUUUUCUUUCAGUAUUUAUCUGAGACUUAAAAUAAAGCUACUAUAUCUUAAGUCCAAUGCAUCAAAAGAAACCAUUUCUGUUAUAUUACAAUAUUAGUCUCUUCUGUAACUAUGUUUUAUAUGCUGUUUGUAUCUUUGUUACAA